CAGCAUUUUGUAUCUCUAUAUAGAUACCAGUUAGACAGUAAUUUAGCCGGAGUGGGACCACUUAUCGAAUUCACCUCUUGCCUUUUACCAGAUGUGACCGUUAGUUGGCCCAAAAGACUCCAUUCCCUCAAUCUUUGGCCACCAAUGAACCUGAGUUCGAAUCUUGUUUUGGGUUUUGGAUCAGAUUGUUUUUGCCUGUUCCUCUGAAAGCACCCUUCCUUCCACUCACGGGUCAUUUAUCCCUGAUGAGCCCAGCAGUCGACCCACAUCGAAUCUCUAAUUAAAAUAUCUUAUCUUUGACCGUUUGAUGUAGGCUGCUGUAUCACAUCAUGAUCGAAGUCGUGCAUGCUUGCAGAGUUUGGUUGUCCAUAGAAAACACUGUUGGAGCACGACAUGAGCUUAUUGAGAAGAACUUGCAGGGCGGGGUAAAGGAGGAUGAUACAAACUGAACUGAAAUCCCUCCUGACAUUUGAAUUGGAUGGUCAGUCAGGUUAUGGCAUCCUGCAACCCCACCUUCCCGUGGCCAGGGCAGGAGGGGCAGACCCCACGUACGUCACAGCGUCACCCAACUGCCUGCUUGUCGCGUACAUGGUUCAUUUCUCAGCCUCGCAACCUCUUAAAUCGCACGUACGAUAGCCAAGUAUCCAACAGAACUCUUCGCUACGCACCCGAUUUCACCUGAAUACAUACGCCCGUCAUGACCCGUUAUAAGAACACUCUGUUGUACGGCGGGGCAUUGGUUUCUGACCUGCCCGAGAAGUUUGCCGAUGUCAGCAAACUAAGACAGGUACCGGACAACCAGGAAGUCUACAUCGACCAAGAUGGGUUCACCAGCAUUAUCUUCGACAUCACGGAACGCGUAGGCCCCUCUGGCACUGGUCCAGAGAUAGAUGGCCGCGCCCUCACAACACACCUCGAGGAGCUGGUAGGCUCUGAAGUGGACACUGUCAAGGUGUGGAACACAACAGAAACCCAGUUCUCUCGUCUUGGUGAGGACAUUCCCGCCUACACCCUGAUCGCGACACAGACCCCCCGUGCCGAGUCUGGAGACAGGUCGUCUUCGCCCGACUUCACGGCGAUUAUUUUGACCUUACUGCGCCUCGAAAAAGAAUCGACGGACAUCCUCAUCACGAUCAACGUGCCUCACAUUAAGGGCGAGUACAAUGAAGAGGACGUAGAUCUCGAGUUGGGAAAGCAGGGCAAGCUGAUCGGAGAUGCGGUUGAUUAUGCUGCAAGGGUCUGGGAGACCUUCAAAGUCAAAGACUGGACCCUUUUUGGGGAAGUCUGAGCUGCUCAGCUUCACCAACACGCCAGGCUUGUCUAUCAUAGCUGCGAUGUCGAAUUAUAUACCCAGCCCAAGCGGUUCAUGCAUCCCA